AUGUCCGAUUUAUUCAAACCAAUUAGUGAAAACCUCCAAUCAACACCCACAUCCCAAACCAACCCCUAUGGUCCCAACCCCGCCGAUUUUCUUUCCAAUGUCGGUAGUUUCCAACUCAUAGAAUCCACUCUUCGUGAAGGUGAACAAUUCGCCAAUGCCUUUUUCUCCACCGAGACAAAAAUCGAAAUUGCAAAAGCAUUAGAUGAUUUCGGAGUGGAUUAUAUCGAAUUAACAUCUCCUGUUGCUUCUGAACAAUCACGUCGUGAUUGUGAGGCGAUAUGUAAAUUAGGUUUAAAAGCCAAGAUUUUGACUCAUAUUAGGUGUCAUAUGGAUGAUGCUAGGGUUGCUGUAGAGACUGGGGUUGAUGGGGUUGAUGUUGUGAUUGGGACUUCUCAAUUUUUGAGAAAAUUUAGUCAUGGUAAAGAUAUGAAUUAUAUUGCUCAGAGUGCAAUUGAAGUUAUUGAAUUUGUUAAAAGUAAAGGAAUUGAAAUUCGUUUUAGUAGUGAAGAUUCAUUUAGAAGUGAUUUAGUUGAUUUAUUGAAUAUUUAUCGUACUGUUGAUAAAAUUGGGGUUAAUCGUGUUGGGAUUGCUGAUACUGUAGGUUGUGCCAAUCCGAGACAGGUUUAUGAAUUGGUUAGAACUUUGAAAUCAGUGGUUAAUUGUGAUAUUGAAUGUCAUUUCCAUAAUGAUACUGGAUGUGCAAUUGCAAAUGCAUAUACAGCAUUAGAAGGUGGGGCAAAAUUGAUUGAUGUUAGUGUUUUGGGAAUUGGUGAACGUAAUGGUAUUACUCCAUUAGGUGGAUUAAUGGCAAGAAUGAUUGCUGCUGAUCGUGAUUAUGUUUUAAGUAAAUAUAAAGUUCAUAAAUUAAGAGAUAUUGAAAAUUUAGUUGCUGAAGCUGUACAAGUUAAUAUCCCUUUCAAUAAUCCAAUUACUGGGUUUUGUGCUUUUACUCAUAAAGCUGGUAUUCAUGCUAAAGCUAUUUUGGCCAAUCCUUCAACUUAUGAAAUUUUAAGUCCUGCAGAUUUUGGUUUAACUAGAUAUAUUCAUUUUGCUAAUAGAUUAACUGGUUGGAAUGCAAUUAAAUCAAGAGUUGAUCAAUUGAAUUUACAUUUAACUGAUGAACAAUGUAAAGAAGUUACAAAUAAGAUUAAGAAAUUAGGAGAUGUUAGACAAUUGAAUAUUGAUGAUGUUGAUUCGAUAAUUAAGGAUUUCCAUGCGGAUGUUUCAACUCCAUUAGUUAAACCUGUUAGUGGAUUACCAAAAGUUCCUCAUAUAUUAGAAGGAUUAGAUGAAUCUGAAGAAAAGAGAUUAAAACAGUAA